UACCGUGGCACAUGCGCAGUACGGGAUCUGUCUGUUCGUUUGUCGGCGCUACCAAUAAAGUUUUAGUGAGCACAGACUCCCUUUUCUUUGGCAAGAUGGCGGAGUACGACUUGACUACUCGCAUCGCGCACUUUUUGGAUCGGCAUCUAGUCUUUCCGCUCCUUGAGUUUCUCUCUGUAAAGGAGAUAUAUAAUGAAAAGGAAUUAUUACAAGGUAAAUUGGACCUUCUUAGUGAUACCAACAUGGUAGACUUUGCUAUGGAUGUAUACAAAAACCUUUAUUCUGAUGAUAUUCCUCAUGCUUUGAGAGAGAAAAGAACCACAGUGGUUGCACAACUGAAACAGCUUCAGGCCGAAACAGAACCAAUUGUGAAGAUGUUUGAAGAUCCAGAAACUACGAGGCAAAUGCAGUCAACCAGGGAUGGUAGGAUGCUCUUUGACUACCUGGCGGAUAAGCAUGGUUUUAGGCAGGAAUAUUUAGAUACACUCUACAGAUAUGCAAAAUUCCAGUACGAAUGUGGGAAUUACUCAGGAGCUGCAGAGUAUCUUUAUUUUUUUAGAGUGUUGGUUCCAGCAACAGAUAGAAAUGCUUUAAGUUCACUCUGGGGAAAGCUGGCCUCUGAAAUCUUAAUGCAGAAUUGGGAUGCAGCCAUGGAAGACCUUACACGGUUAAAAGAGACCAUAGAUAAUAAUUCUGUGAGUUCUCCACUUCAGUCUCUUCAACAGAGAACAUGGCUCAUUCACUGGUCUCUGUUUGUUUUCUUCAAUCACCCCAAAGGUCGCGAUAAUAUUAUUGAUCUCUUCCUUUAUCAGCCACAAUAUCUUAAUGCAAUUCAGACAAUGUGUCCACACAUUCUUCGCUAUUUGACUACAGCAGUCAUAACAAACAAGGAUGUUCGGAAACGUCGGCAGGUUCUAAAAGACCUAGUUAAAGUUAUUCAGCAGGAGUCUUACACAUAUAAAGACCCAAUUACAGAAUUUGUUGAAUGUUUAUAUGUUAACUUUGACUUCGAUGGGGCUCAGAAAAAGCUGAGGGAAUGUGAAUCAGUGCUUGUGAAUGACUUCUUCUUGGUGGCUUGUCUUGAGGAUUUCAUUGAAAAUGCCCGUCUCUUCAUAUUUGAGACUUUCUGUCGCAUCCACCAGUGUAUCAGCAUUAACAUGUUGGCAGAUAAAUUGAACAUGACUCCAGAAGAAGCUGAAAGGUGGAUUGUAAAUUUGAUUAGAAAUGCAAGACUAGAUGCCAAGAUUGAUUCUAAAUUAGGUCAUGUGGUUAUGGGUAACAAUGCAGUCUCACCCUAUCAGCAAGUGAUUGAAAAGACCAAAAGCCUUUCUUUUAGAAGCCAGAUGUUGGCCAUGAAUAUUGAGAAGAAACUUAAUCAGAAUAGCAGGUCAGAGGCUCCUAACUGGGCAACUCAAGAUUCUGGCUUCUACUGAAGAACCAUAAAGAAAAGAUGAAAAAAAAGAAAAGAAAGAUGAAAUAAUAAAACUAUUAUAUAAAGGGUGACUUACAUUUUGGAAACAACAUAUUGAGUAUACAUUUUGAAGAAUUGGAAUAAAAUUGACUGAUUCAUUUUAUCUUGCUGUCAAUUUUCCUGCAUGUGCAAAUUUGUGUUUUUUUAACUUUCUUUUUUGGAAUAAUUACAUUCAGAGGAAGUUGCAAAAUUAGUACAGAGAAGUCCAUGUAGGCUGAAACCCUAUUUCCGUCAAUUUUUUCACUUUAUGUUACUAUGGUACAGUAUCAAAACCAGGAUGUUGACAUUGGUACAGUAGGUGCGUGAAUAGCUCCCUAUCAUUUUAUCAUGUGUAGAUUUGUGUAACCAUCACUGCAACCGAGAUAGAGAAUUAUCAUCAUGAUCUCCCUCAUGCUACGUUUUUGUAAGCCAUACCUACUCCCAACCAGCUCUAACCCUAGAAACCACUAAUCUGUUCCUCAUCACUAUAUUUUGUCAUUAUGAGAAUGUUAUAUAAAUGGAAUUACAUAAUACACAACCUUUGAGAUAAGCUUUUUUCAUUCAUCACAAUGCUCUGAGAGCCAUUCAAAGAGCAUGGAGACCUCCCAAUACUAAACUUAGCAUGGGGGUCUACAAACUUUUUUUGUGAAAGGCCAGAUAUUAAAUCUUAGGCUUUGCAGACCAUAUGUUCUCUGUUUUAGCUAUUCAACUCUGUCAUGUAGCACAAAAGCAGCCUUUGUAUGUAAAUGAAUGCUUAUGGCUGUGUUCCAGUAAAACUACAAAAACAGGCCAAGGGCCAGAUUUGUUUUACCUGCUGUGGUUUCCAACCCUUGGCUUGGGGUAUUGGUACUUCUAAGCUUUAGUCUAAGGGUGCUGAAACUAGGAAGAUUAUUGGUUAGGAUAAGCCAAGUGCUAGUUUUUUUAUUCAUCUGUAACCAGUAUUGUGAAGAUGCCAAGUAUAGGGCAGGAAAAAAUACAUACAGAAAUAUAAAGAAUUCUUGGUAGUACAAAAUGGUCAAGGAUCAUGGAGAAAAUAUGAAAGUGUUGCAUCAGUAACAAGGUAGAACAGUAGCAAGAUAGACCCUUUAUAUAUGUAGCAGCUAAUUCCAUGAAUUAAAAGUUCUUUAUCAAAUAGAGCCGUAGUUAUUAUACAGAACUAUAUAAAAUGGCAUAUAUUACUCAGGCUAUGUAGAAUUGAGAAAAAUGUUCUCAGUUGAGAAGGAAGGAAACAAGACUUCCAUGUUUCCUUCUUCACCAGUAACCAAAGGGCCAAAAGUUCCUACAUGGAGACAUCAUUAAUCACUGUUUAAGACUGUAGCUCAACCAAGCCACAUUAAUAGCUAACAAAGAUUUCUGGAUGCUUACAUAGCUCAGCAGCUAAAAACAAUUAUUAAAUAUGCCCGUGGACUAGUAAAAGCCCCAGGUAGGAAAAAUAGGAAGCCAAUAAUAAGUAUUUACCAUGUGUCAUAGGAAGCCAGUAGUAAGUAUUUACCAUGUGUCAGGCAUUUUCAUGUCCUCUGUUUCUCUAAGUAAACUAACCUAAGGAGAAGGAAGGGAAUCUUAACAUCUGAAUGCCUUGCUUAAGCCUGGAAAUACUAAAAUUUAGGUGGUAUUAUUUAUAUGUUAUUGAUAAGGAAGCAUACUCAGAUGGCCGCCUAAAGCUGGAGUCCCCAGCCCCUGGGCUGUGGACUGCUACCAGGCUGUGGCAGCAUUCGAUUCUCAGGAGCGUGAACCCUAGUGUGAACUGAGAGCAUGAGAGGGAUUUAGGUUGUGCAUUCCUUAUGAGAAUCUAAUGUGGCCUACCCCCGAUUUGUGGAAAAACUGUCUUCCACGAAACCGGUGCCUGGUGCCAAAAUGGUUGGGGACUGUUGGCUUAAGGUAAUACCUAGUGCCAGUUAAAGUAAGGAAAAGACUCUUCAGUUAUGUCACACUAACCUUCCUUACAUCAUUCAUUGCUGCUUUAUAAUUAGAAAUUGCAAAGAGUUAAGGGAUACAUAUUUAGUAGGUUGUGUGAACAGGUCUUGAUCCACCAAACUUUAGCUGUCUCGCACCAUUAUCUUCUAGUAAGAGCAAAGGGUACUCCUUUUCUACAGGUAUAAUCAUUGGAUACUAGUGGCCCCUUACACGCAAAACCUAUUGGAACAUAGAAAGCUCUGAAGAACAUCUCUUUGAUUUUUCUUUUUUCUAUUUAUACUCUGCUCCCUCAAGAUUAUGUAUUAUAUGAAUAAUUAAUGCUCACUUCUACCACUUUUUUUCUUUUCACAUGUUGCCAUCAACUUGAAAGAUGAUGCCACUAUGGAUUACUAUUAUCAAUUAGAAAAAAACUAUAUACAACUAAUGGCCAUUUUUGCACAUUACCAAUACUUGCUCAUCUUGAAAACCCAUUUUUGAAGUUUGCAUAGUAAAAGUUACUUGAUUUGGGGCUUAACCUUAAGUUUUGGUAAUAGGCUAUUCCAGUAAAGUAUUGAGCACCAAAUAAGUACUCAUUUUCUUGUGCUCUUUUUUUUUUCCUUUUCUUGCCAUUAAGUAGAUAGUACAUCCUCCUAUGUGUUAGCAGCUUUUAUAAACACAUCAAAGAACACCAUUCAUGAAACUUAUGUUAAAAAAGUUGCUUUGAGUCCUUUAAAAUUUUUUCUAUGCAUAAACAUAUGUGUUUGUGCUUUAAUAUGAACUAUACAAGAGUAUUUGUAAAUGUCCAGUUUACAGGAAAAAAAAAAAAAAAAAAAAAAAA